AUAUAGAAUAGAAAGAAGAACAAAGGCCACCGAAAUUAUAGUUAUAGGUAGACUGGUAGAAAUCAAAUAUAGAGAUAGAAGCAACCACGCAAAAAGGCCACAAAGCACAAACCCUAGGCUUUAGGUUUUCGAUUAGAUUCUCUCUUCCUUUUUCUCUGUUUGCUUUUCUAGUUCUUUCUUGGCGUUCACACCAACCGCUUCUCCAAAAAGUAGUUUCCAGAGCUUGACCAAGCCAAAACCAAACUCGAUCGCUUCUCUUUCGCUCUCUCUCUAUCUCUAGGUAAAUUACUACUUGUUAUCCCGUCCAGGAACAGUCUACAUAGCUUAAAGAAAAUUUCAGGCAGAUGCAAUUGUGUGUAUUGCCGUGCAGGAAUUGAAAGCAACUUUAGCAAUUUAAAGCAAGAAAUUGUUUUUGGGUUAAGAUAGAGAGAAGGAUUAUAAAUUUCGCCAAUCUUGUAGCUAUGCCUGUCUCUGGAGACAAAGAGACUGGGGUUAAACCUAUUUCCCGGCAGUCUAGUGAUUAUAUUGCAGGUGUUCCUAUCAAGAAGAGGAGGUUCCUAAUGUACCGUCCUCCUUCACCUCCACCUGAAGAACCAUCUGCGGUUCCUGCAGAGAAUGAUUCGCGAAAGCAGGAACAAUCUAGCCCCUCUCAGGGGUCAGCUAUAUCAAAUGCUAGUGUUGUAACCAGUUCUGGUAUAUCUGAUGCAAACAACAAACCUGUAUCUGAGGAAUAUAAAGGCAGUUCUGAUGUUAUGAGUGUUACUGUAGCCCAAAGCAAUCCCAACUACUCUACAGUCAAAGUUGAGGAACCAAGCAAAACUCACUCUGGUUCCUUGGAUGACAUGGAAAGCAAAGACAAGCUUGUCGCGGCCGAAAAAUCUGCAAGCCUGGUAACUUUGGGAAAAUCAAAGUUGCAGUCAUCACCAAAUGAAGCACUUGCACUUAAGUUGGGGAAAGAGUUAUAUAGCAAAGAAAAAGCUGAAGGGAAGUGUAAAGCUGAAAUUCCUAUUGUUGCGGGAAAUACUGACUUGACAUUAGGAUUAAAGGAACAUGUUUUUCCAGCUUUAACAGGUCAAAACCAUAAUGUGAGAGGCCAGAAUCAAGAUAGUUUAGAACCUGGUUCACUGAAUUUGUCUUUAAGCAAGGGAAAUAACAGCAUUCAGUGUAAAAAGGAUGAGGUUGAGUCGAAAAAUGGUGCACAGCAAUGUGGUAAUAGGGCAAACUGGGAUCUGAAUACUACAAUGGAUGCAUGGGAAGGUUCUGCAAGUGAGGCAGCUGCAGUAGGUCAAGUGUCUGCUGGUGGGUUUAAUACUACUGAUGGUACACAUGAUAUCAAACCUUUGCUAUGCACAACUGGGUCGAUUGGCACUGUUAUACCUUCUAAACAAAAGAGCCUUGUAGCCAGUGAGAACAUAGCCAAAUUGACCUCGUCCAAACUGCCUAGUCAACAAUUAAGAUUGUUUGGCAUAGACCCUCUUCAUUUAGGCCUUAGUCCUUCUAGUCUUCAGCAACAGGUAAGCCUGGAACCGUCCUUAUCUAGCAAAGAAGAUUCUGGCAGGAUUUUCCCCAAUAUAAUCUUGCAAAGAUCAGUGGUGCCACCUGGCAAUUUGAACAGGGUUAAUUAUAGGACUGUGAAAUCAGAACCAUUUGACGAGAGCAACAAAUUAGUGAAUAGAACAACUAUAGCCAAUAAUCUUGGAUUAUUAGAUAAUAGGACAGUAAAGCGUGAAUUAGCUGAGCAGUUCAGUUUUGAUAAGGUUUCAAAUAUUAGCGCCAUGAGAGUAGUUGAUCCUGCACCCAUAAAAAUGGAACCAUUUCACGGGGGUAAUGUGGAAGCCCCCAAUACAUUAGAGGGGACAUCUAGACAAGUAGAUAAACAGGUGCUACUGGGUUUGAGUGAUCAUUCUUCUGCCAGGGCAAUCCCUAAAAGUGCACUGUUGUCCUGCCCUGCAGGAGAGCCUUCUUGUUCAACAGAAUUGACUAUAGCCAUGGAUGUUGGAAACCACGGAGAACAGUCCACCUACACCAAAGAGGCCCAUAUUAAUGGGGAGGUUGUACCUCAGGAAGCAUGUGAAAGGGUGCAGCAGGUUGCUUCAGAAACAGCUGCUAUCUCUGUGGGUCAUGAUGGUAUAGAAUCAAGUACUUCUUGUAUGAUGGGUACUGUAAGAGCUGAAGAUGGAAAUGCUGAUGAUCCUGAGCAGUGCAGAUUGAAAUCCAUAAAUGAACAGCCCCCUGAUAUGCGAGGAAGCGAAGGUUGUGUAAGUGAUGAGGAAAAAAUCAAUAUAUCAGCUGAUAUGCUAGAAGAAGAUUCUUAUGGUUCUGAUUAUGACUCGGAUGGCAAUCAUCCUUUACCUAAGGCUAUGGAUACAGAACAAGGUGGAGAAGAAGAUUAUGAAGAUGGUGAGGUCCGAGAACCUCUACUGCAAACUGCAGUCGAGGAUCCCAUAUGUGAGAAACAGGAAGUUGAACAUGUUGAUCAUGGUGACUCUGAUAAUAACAAGAUGGACAUUGUGGGUCAGCAAGGUGAUGAUCAUCCAUCUUCAUCCCAUGUUGAGGAAAAAGAUGCUAAAGAAGAUCCUGGGCAAACAAAUAACAAAGAAAGUAGUGAUUGUGUUGACACAUCGAAGGAGGUAUAUGAUAACGGUGAUACUAAUCUUACAUGUUUGCAGGAAUCAUUGACAGAUGAAAAACCAGCCAGUGGAGCUGACAUUAAGAGGCCCAUUACGGCCAUUAGAAGAAAUUCACUUGAUCAGUCAGGCAGUACAGAUUUCCCUGAAGAACAGGAGGCAGAAUUAUCAUUGGAGCGAACCACUGAAGGAAUGCAAGCUACUACUUCUACUUUUACUCAGGGUUUAGAUGACAAUGUUAACAAUUUUGACUUAGUGGAGGAGAAAGAUAGUAUGACAAUGAUGGAAGCAUCUGCAAGUGGUGAUGAUGCUGCUAAAGAUGUUAAUAGUGGUGGUAAUCGGAGCCGCAUUAUUAAUUUGUCUCGAGCUUCUAACGUAUCACCUCCUGGUAAUACAAGAUAUAUUUCAGACAGGUCAUUGGCAUCACUACCUGGAAGAGAGAGAUUACUGGAUGUACCGCUAGAGGGAGAUAAAUUUUAUCCCCGAGGGAGAGAUGAAUUAUACAUAGAUGGUUCCCACAAAUUUUCAAGAGAGAGGCAUCAAGAUCAGUCACCCAGAAAUUCUAGAUUAAAUUUUGUGCGUGGCAGAGGGAGGAUUACUGGUAGGUUAGACCCUUUACGUAGGGACUGGGAUUCUGACCGUGAUUUUGCUUCAGAAUUUUAUAACGGCCCAUCAGAGUUUCGUUUCCCAAGAAAUAAAUAUGCAUCUGCUGUUGUUGAUGCAGACCUUGAAUAUAACAGUUAUAAUAUUGCACCUGAUGGACCCUUUAUUGGUACUGGUCGGGGAGGGAGGAAGCAUUUAGAUGAUGAGGGAGCAAUGUUUCGCCAUAUGUCCUCAAGAGGGCGGUCUCCUGGAGGGAGAAAUGGGCUUGCUGCACGUGGCGGUGCACAAAUGAUUCACAGAGGUCCAAGAAUGAGUGAAGAUGGUUCUGAAGUGGUUGGGCUGAGGCAUAGUGAGAAGUUUAUGAGCGUUUUUCCUGAUGAUAACAUGGAUCCGAUGUUUACACGCCCCCAACCUGCAUAUGAGGGAGUAGAUGCUCAUUUUGCCCGAGGUGGUAGGAACUUCUCUUCUGUUCAGAGAAGGGGUCUUCCUCGAAUUCAUUCAAAAUCUCCAAUGAGAUCCAGAUCUCGUUCUCCUGUUCAAUGGCCAUCUCCAAGGAGAAGAUCCCAAGAUGGAUUUGGUGGACAUCCAGAAUUGCCUCAUCGACGAUCUCCAAUUUACAGGGUGGAGAGGAUGAGGUCUCCUGAUCGCCCCUGUUUCCCUCCAAUCAUGGUUAGAAGGAAUGGCUCCCCACCAUAUAUGUCCCGACCAUCUAAUGAUUUGAGGGAUAUAAAUUCUGGACGGGACCAUGGUCAUCCAAGAUCUGUCAUUCCCAAUAGGAGUUCAUCUGGUCGGAUUUUAUACAGAAACAGGAGAUUUGAUGUUAUAGAUCCCCAGGAAAGGACAGAUGGUGAUGAGUUCUUCGGGGGGCCCAUGCAUGCUCGACAUGAGCUUGGUGUUGAUCCAAAUGGUGAUGAGAGAAGAAGGUUUGGUGAGAGACGGGGACCUGUCCGUUCAUUUAGGCAGCCAUACAAUGGUGCUAAUGGUGAGAAUUUCCAUCUUAAUUCAGAGGAUGGGCCUAGGCCUUUUAGGUUCUGUCCAGAAGACAAUCCUGAGUUUCAUGAAAGAGGCAACUUGAGGGAUAGGGAGUUUGACCGCAGGAUUAAGAACCGGCCAGGAAAUGCCCCUAGAAGAACAAGAAGUAUCGAAGAGCAGGAAGCAAAUUUCAGGCAACCAUGGCAUGAUGCUGGGUUUGAUGAGAUCUCCAGAGUAAAGAGAAAGAGGGAUUUCAGAUGUGAAAUUUAAGUGGAGUUAGGGACUUGUAGACAGAGCUAGUGUUGGCAAUUUACAGUGAUCAGGAACAUUUUAUUUGCUCAAAGCACAAAGGAGAUUGCUGUUCUGUUUGCUGAUGUAAUCAAGUUCUGGCAGGAACAUAUGACGCUGGCUUUGUAUUUUGGUUACGUUUGGUUCAGGACUGGAUCCUCAUGUACAUAGCUGGGUUCUUCUGGCACCAUUGUGGCUAAGUCAUCAUGAAACUUGUAUUAGUGAUUCCUACUGUUUUGGGCACCAGGGUCAGUGUCAGUUUUUAUUUACUGAGUUUUUUACUGCAUAAAAAAACCAAGGAAGUGUUUCUGUGACUUCUUCAGUGGAGAUUACCCUUAAAUAUCAUAAAGUAUCUUCAACUGUUGACUUCGGUGCAUGGUGGCCAAGAGCAGGUAUGCAGAAAGGAACUAUUAGAAUUUAAUGUUUUAGCCAUCAAGGACUAAUUAAUAAUGUCACUAAUUGCCUAUAAUUUGAUCUGCUGCUUCACAUUCUUCAUUCUGUGUUAUGUGAAUAAUAAAUCCUUUAAUUUUUUAGGGAGGUAUACAUUUAAAGAAAUAUAAGGGCCUAUUGAUGCAGUUUCUGCCAUGGCACAGAAGCUUCUAUGAAGUCCCUUAUGCGAUCUACUUCAGUUUAAAUAUAGAAAAAAGGAAAUUUGCAGGCUUUUAUGCAGCUUCUGUAUAAUUUUAAGCUCAUAGCUGGUUCGAGUUUAAUUGAAGACAUUGGAUGAUUAAUUCUGUCCUGGAGUGGACUCUUUUGAUAUCUUCAGCUAAUUCUUGAAUGGAUGGCUGGCCAUGUAAACAUUGUCUAUGAAAAAAGUGUUCUUAUUGGCUAGGUUGGCGAGAUGGAGCUACCACACUUUUUACCUCAUUCCAAGUCUUAUCUAAUAUCUUCCAGCUAGAGGUUAGUUGUUUUUAUGUUGAUUGCUCUCAAGAAAGAGUCUUGAAUCUUCUUGGGCACUUUUCAUCAUUGUUUCUGCUCCGUUUAUAGCUCCUAUGUGUGACUGUUUAUCACUGGAAAGACAGGUGAGUGCCUUAUGUUUGUGUUGGUGCCCUGCUGAGUGCUUCCACUUGACAAUUGUUGGACAGUGAGUCUAUUUCAAAGUUAGUUAGCUGGUGGGAAGUAUUAGGGGUUUCAUCUGUUAAAUUUGAAGAACACAGUCAAUGUAUUACAUUGUUUUGAUCCUCCACGUUUGUUGGUACCUUGUAUAGCAUGCAGUACUAAAAGACUGUUGGAAUGAAUAGGUUGGAGAUUUUAAAUAACCCUUUGAAUGUCCGAAUUGUUAUAUU